ACGGCUAGACCAUCACCACGGCGACGGUGAACAAGCAAAACCAAACCAAAACCAAAAGGCGAAGCAGACCAACCCAAGCAAAAGGAAGGGGAUCUCCCAUUCUCCCGAAUCUCCCAUUUCCAGGGGUCUCCGCGUCGGGCCCGCCUCUGCUUCCGCGUGCGCCGCCGGCUUAUAGGGUUUCGCCGCCGCCGGCGAUGGACCCACCGGCGAGGGGCUCCUCCGAUCGCCGGGGGGCUGGCCAGGGCUCCGGUGCCGCGCCCUCCGGCCUCCGUCGCUACGGCCUCAACUUCUCCGCCUCCAGCCUCCUCCAGGCCCCACUCACCGCCCUCCUCGAGUACUCCGGCGUCGUCCCCUCCGGCCCCGCCCCGCAGGCGGCACACCUCCCGUCCGCGGUGCCCUCGUCGCCGUCCUUGCCGUCCGAGGUCGAUGGCCUCCUUUCCGCCGCGGCUGCUGGGGAUGGGGAGGUCUCGAUCCGGAUCCAGGGAGGCCCGGGCGACCCGGAGGCCGCGGGCGGGGCGGCCGUGGCGGCUUCGUCCGAGGACUCGAUCGAAGCGACCGCCGGCUCGGAGGUUGACCAGGCGUCCGCGGCGGGGAGGGGAGGGGGUGCGGACGCGGAGGCGAACGGCGGCGGCGGGGGUGAGGCUGGCGCAUCGGGGAACGGGGGCGGGGACCGCGCGUACCAGCGGUACGACGUGCACCACGUCGCGCGGUGGAUCGAGCAGAUAUUGCCAUUCUCGUUGCUCCUGCUCGUCGUCUUCAUACGGCAGCAUCUCCAAGGUUUCUUUGUCACAAUUUGGAUUGCUGCUGUAAUGUUCAAAUCAAAUGAUAUAUUGAGGAAGCAAACUUCUUUGAAGGGCGAGAGAAAAAUAUCUGUACUCGUUGGGAUUACGGUAAUCUUCAUGAUUCAUGUGUUUGGCGUCUAUUGGUGGUACAGGAAUGACGAUCUUCUCAGACCUCUGCUCAUGCUUCCUCCAAAAGAUAUACCACCAUUCUGGCAUGCGAUUUUUAUCAUCAUGGUCAAUGAUACAAUGGUUCGCCAGGCAGCAAUGGCCAUCAAGUGCAUGCUACUUAUGUACUACAAGAACUGCAGAGGCCGUAACUACCGUAGGCAGGGCCAAAUGCUAACCCUUGUGGAGUACCUUCUGCUUCUUUAUCGUGCCUUGUUGCCAACUCCUGUUUGGUAUCGUUUCUUUCUGAACAAAGAAUAUGGGAGUCUCUUCUCAUCUUUAACCACUGGGCUGUACAUGACUUUCAAGUUGACUUCGGUAGUUGAGAAGGUUCAGUCAUUCUUGGCUGCGGUGAAAGCAUUGUCACGUAAAGACGUGCAUUAUGGGUCUUACGCAACUGCAGAACAGGUAAAUGCUGCUGGUGAUAUGUGUGCCAUCUGCCAGGAGAAGAUGCAUGUGCCUGUUCUCCUUUGCUGUAAACAUAUUUUCUGUGAAGACUGCGUUUCAGAAUGGUUUGAGCGAGAACGGACUUGCCCCUUGUGUAGAGCAUUGGUAAAACCUGCUGAUAUUCGGUCAUUUGGUGAUGGUUCCACAAGUCUAUUCUUCCAGUUGUUUUAGACUCCAAAUGGCAAACUACUAACAUAACAAUGGACAAGCAAUCACAUAAGGAAAAUUCAAGUGGAGGUCCUUUUUAUUUAACAUGUGAAACCAUCUUCCCGGUGAUGUCAAUGUGAGAAGGUUCAAGAAGAUUAUCUGACAGUGGAAUCGUUAUGUUUGUCAAUAUGUUCAAGCAAUAGUUUAGAGAGCUGUUCAGUUGCAACGUCAGCAUAUGUUUGCAGCAAACUUCAUCCAAACUCUGUAAAGCUGGACGGACGAUCUGGAUGUGAAGGCCCAUUGAGACUGACUACGUCCUUGCUAUCGGCUUGCUUUCUGUAAAAAAUUGGUGAUUGUUGGUCAAGUGGAUGCUUCUGGGUGUAACUGAAACCUGCAAGUUUUGCUUGCCAUAUUGACUUAUAGGCAGGAAGAAUUAUCUGUUACUGGUGGGAAGUGGUAAAAAUGUAACCUGUAAAGCUUUGAUACAUGAGAAUGCUGAAAACCAUACACAAAAUGGUGCGUCUUACAGAACAGUAAAUACUACCGGACCGCAUUGUUCACAAAUCUUGUAAAUGCUUUGUGCCGUUUGUUAUCUGUACUUAUCUAGUUAUUUUGCUUACUUGUAUUCCUGGAUCAUCGGUGCGUGUUGUCUUUGCCGGUGCGGGUUUAUUUCUUCUCUUGCUGCUACUUUUGGUCCAAGUACAUAAUACAGGUUAUAAUGGAAGUUCAUAACAUAGAAGUCAUAUUCCUUU